CUAGCACCUGUAGGCUGUCCACGAAACAUUACUUUUCUCUAACAGCUGCUUUCUUACAAUAACUAUGAUCCUGUUCCGAUAGUGUUUGAUCAUUGGUAGUGAUUUACUCCCAAGAUGUUACCCCUUCACGCUAAAGAUAAAGAAUACAAGGGCGCGAGCCUUGGUGAGAAAAUAUCAGGAUGGUUGAGAUUGAUAUUUGCGGAUGCCACAUCAAGGAAUUUGUUCUGUUUUCUCUUGCUGAAUCUCUCAUUUGCCUUUGUGGAGCUUUUCUAUGGAAUGUGGACCAACAGUCUUGGGUUGAUUUCCGAUUCAUUCCAUAUGUUUUUUGACUGCACAGCUCUGUUAGCAGGUCUCGUAGCUUCAGUCAUUUCCAAGUGGAGAGCCACAGAGAGCUUCUCUUAUGGGUAUGUUAGGAUAGAGAUUCUUGCAGGUUUCAUCAAUGGACUCUUCCUUCUCUUCAUUGGAUUCUUCAUCUUCUCAGAGGCUGUAGAGAGAAUGUUCGAGCCACCAGAGGUGAAACACGAGAGACUGUUCAUUGUUUCUGUGGCAGGCUUCGUUGUGAACUUAGUAGGAAUAUUUGCAUUCCAACAUGGCGGCCAUGGGCACUCUCACGGUGGGGGAGGUGACCAUGGGCACUCACACGGUGGACAUGCACAUGGUGUUGGCAUGGGAAAUGAUGAUAGUGACAGUCAUGGACAUAGUCAUCAAGGUGGUAGUCAUGGACAUAGUCAUGGUGGUGAUAGCCAUGGACAUAGUCAUGAUAGUGAUAGCCAUGGACAUAGUCAUGGGGGAGAAGUAAAAAAAAGUCAUGGGCAUUCUCAUGGUGGCUCUAAUAAACAGAUUUUAAGUGGUGUAUUUCUGCAUAUACUCGCUGAUACUCUAGGAAGUGUUGGAGUGAUUAUAUCUUCAAUAUUAAUCCAACAGUUUGGUUGGAUGAUGGCUGAUCCUAUAUGCUCCAUUUUCAUUGCUUUAUUAAUCACAGUCAGUACUAUUCCACUAUUACGUGACUCCAUAGGUAUUUUGAUGAUGCGAACUCCAAGAGAGUUAGAUUUGGAGCUUCCCGGUUGCUAUCAAAGAGUGAGCCAAUUAGAAGGUGUGUACAGUGUACAGGAGCCACACUUUUGGACCCUCUGUAGCGAGGUUUAUAUAGGAACCAUAAAACUAGAAGUAUCAAUGAAAGCUGAUGCUAAAUAUAUUUUAAGUCAAACGCACAAUAUUUUUACCCAGGUGGGAGUAAAACAGCUCUAUGUCCAAAUAGACCACGCCCCUAUGUAGCAAGCCCCUUCCAUUUAGAAUCUGAGGAGGGGACAUGGGUAUCCAUGCUGCUCCAACAUAUAUUUUGGUUAUGGGGAGGACAGGGGGUUGGGAUUGAUGGACAACUCAACUCAUCUGACCAACAGUGCAAUCUACUUCGCCAUGUUGCAAUUACAUCAAUACAUUCUUAAGACUUUUGUGUCACAAUGUUCUCAGAUUACAUUAUACAGCAUAUACUGUGAACAAAGGACUCAAAUUUAAAAUGUGUCUUGAUGGAAGCAGUGAGAUGGAAUUUGAUAUUGAAUGGAUGGAAGUUUAUAUUGAAUGUGUUAAUGUCAUUGCAAGAGAUACUGAUAGAAACACAAAUUGACAUCAUAUAAAAUUUUAAUCAAGUUAUAUUUAUUUCAUGAGUUUCAUCAUUAUGGUUUUUGGAUCACAGUUGUUAUAUUUUUGUUAUAGCCUAUAUGGCUAUACAUGUACAGUAUAGGUCUAUUAGGCCUUAUUUCAGUAAAUAAGUGUCUAAAAAGUAAAAAGAGUGGUGCCUAAAUAAGUACUCAACGAUUACAGGAGCCUAGAAUAAUAUAAAUGUUCACUUGUCUUUAAAGAGUGCAGGCUUCAUUGAGUAGAAUUUGUUGAAUGGGUAUUGUUUAAUUUAUAUGUGUUUCUUUUGAUUUUAUCAAGUAAAGGUUUAUCUUAACUGCUUCCGUCUAUAAUCAUGGAGUUACAGAG